GUACCGAUUCAUCCGCCGGGGACAAAAGGUCCAUCCGUUAAGCAACGCGCGUUGAAAUUUGAAAUCCUGUUGAACUGUUAUCCAACCCAUUGGUUCAUAGCAGAGCAAUAAACCAACCUAACCCAACAAAACCCGUUCAAAGGCAGAUAGCAAGAGAGAGAAAUAACACCGUGUCAUCCAGCAACCUUAAAGCCAAUUCAACCGUUGACCAGUAAACUACGGCUACAGAGGCUACUGUAUACAUAUUGUCGACCAGUGUGGUGUAAUCCCCCCGGGGCGGCGGAAGGGAUUGUGCAACGCGACCGUCUUUGCGCGUUCAGCGGCAAAACCACAACAAUGUCUUCGUAGUGUGUGAGUGCUCCACGUGUGUCCGGCAGCGCGGGAAGAGUGUGGGACGCGGUGUGUCCGAUCAGGCCUUAAUCUUGAAUUCUGUGUUGAGAUACUGUGUGUGUGCGUUUGUGUUGUUCUUGGGCGGUUGGGAGAGUUUAUAUGCGCUAUGUCUGUGUGUGACAAAGUUGUUGAUGAGCUCAAAUUGUAAAUUGUUCUCAUCAUUCAAUUGGGGCCCACAAAGAAGAUAAAAGUACUGGGCAGAAACAGCGAAACAGCCUCUCGAGCAUAUCUUGUGAAGGCGGAAAUACCGACGACCGGAGGUGAAUACGAAUCAAAGAAGAAGAAGAAAAAAAGAAGAAGUGUGGAAGACGUCCGAAGUCCGACGAUCGCCCGAAAGUGAUGCUGCGAAAAGCCGUGUGUUGUGAACAUGUGAGACCAGAAGCUGGAAAGGUCUUAAGUGCUGACAAUUGAAAUUGUUUGCCCCUCGAGAGCUUCCUCUUGGAGCCAGCCGAAGCCGGAGAAAAUAUAACAAGGAAAGUGAAGAAGUUUACCCUGGAUGUGUACACAUAUGUCCCGCCAGAAUAUCACUGCCCGAGUUGAGAUGUUCUUUUGUUGAUAAGGAGGAAAAUAUUAAUGGAAAGAUAAAAGAGUGUGAUAAGGUACCGAGUGUCGUUGACAAGUGGCAGUAUCGUUGGCGCAAACGGUGAAUAAGAGAGAGGUCGUCGGAGUGAAAACCAAGCCAUCGUGAAAACUUGCCCAAGUAUAAUAGAAACGUGCGAGAAGUGUUUGAGUUGUGAGUUCUAGUGGAAAAAUCUGUCAACUUGUCAAGGGAUUACUUCCGGUUGUGAUUCUAUUCAGUUCACGGAGCGAGCAAAUAACAGCAGUGGCGAGAGGUCAACCCACAAUAGAGCAGUGUUUAGCUGUGCAGCAAAGUUCACUGGAGGAUUUUUCCUGGGGAAAAACAUCUUGUUGAGACACACUUCCAAGCACACACACACACACACACACUAACUGUCGGGAGGAGUGCUUCUCACAAAAGAAGGACCAAAUCAACUAGCACAUAUUGUUGUAAUCGCUCAGCGGGAAACACAUGUACAGAAGAAAACGGCCACUCUUACAUCACCCAGCGAAUUCAGCCCGACGGAGAAUGCACCGGGAUCAUGUUGCCGUAUCACGAUGCACAAUCAUUUUCACCAUCGCCAGUGUCAUCAGUGGCAUCGCGAUUACCCGGCUACCGGUUGCAACGGCCAUUCCGACCAACCUCGAACCUGUCAAGGAAGGAAUAGUGUACCAGAAAUGCACCGGUCCAGGGGAGCCGGGUCCGUGCCAGGGCUUCGGAUAUCGUUACCGCUUCGAGCAAACAACAAACAAUUGCACCCAGUUCAUAUGGGGUGGGUGUGGCGGCAAUCUGCAGAACAAUUUCGAAACGUACGAACAGUGUAUGCAGCAGUGCGCCAAUGAAACACAAACGCAGCCUCCGGUGCAGCAGCUAACGACGACCAGCAGCCCGUCGUCAACGCCGCGAACGCAAACACAGGAAACGCUGCCCCAGCAGUACUCCUCCAGCAGCACCAUGGCUCCGGUGCCGGACGAAAUGCGUGGUUCCGAGCUUACGUUCAAGGAGACCGGCUACGAGAAAACGUUCCUAUUCGCCAAGAAUAAUACCUUCAUCCAGAUGGACGGCGAGACAAUACAAACAUUCCAAUUAAGAUUAUGCCGUGAAAUAUCAUUCCAAUUCCGUACCCGGCUGCCCCACGGACUGCUGGUGUACCACAACGUCAAAACUCCGGCCGGGGUGAAACUCGACCCGUACGCCCUGUACGUAAUCGUCGAGAAGGGCCAGCUAAAGGUGGUGCACGUGUUCGGAAACCACUCCACCAGCGUUACCGUCGGCGAAGGCCUCAACAGGGAUGAGUGGCACAGUGUCAUGGUACGGAUCGACGUUCACGGCGCCCGCCUGAUAGCCCGUGUCGAUAACCACAAGGAGGAAGUGUACUUGAAAGGAUUAAAUCACGAAACCAACUAUGGCGUUUCGAUCAACCUGAUGUCAGUAGUGCUGGUCGGCGGACUAAGCUCGGAAGAAAAACUGCACGGUGUCAAGUACAUAAUCGAGUCAUUUGUCGGCUGCAUCCGGAACGUGGUGCUGAGCUCGGGUAAGGCAGCCUCCGACCUGCUGCCCAUCACGCCACUGAUUGCGACGAAGCACGAGAACGUGAAGGAGGGUUGCCGCAACAAAUGUCACUCCCGGCAGAAUCUAUGCUUCACCGGCUCGCGCUGCAUAAAUCACUACUAUGAUAUCUCGUGCGACUGCUUCGGAACGAAGUACGAAGGCGAGCACUGCGAUAUUUACACCGCAACAGUAUUAACGCUGCGUGGCUCGAGCUACGUUUCGUACCGUAUCUACGACUGGAAGGACCGUGUCCACUCUUCCAUCACCCGGAUCAGCAUGAUGUUUAAGACGAACUACGACGACUCGGCGCUAUUCUACGCCAGUGGAGAAUCCCUCAAGCCACAGUAUAUUGCCGCUUCGGUGAAGAACCACUCCGCAUACAUCGAGAUGGACUUUGGCGACGGCGUCAUGACGGCCAUGCUCGGCCAGGACCUGACCAAACACUACUGGCACAACCUAACGAUAUUCCACGACCACAACCAGGUCAUCGCCAUACUGGACGACCACAUGAAGAUUAUGGAGAUCCCGGGCGUAAUCCAAAACCUGCUGUUCGACCCGGAGAUAUACUUUGGCGGCGGCCCGAACCUAUCCAAGCGGAAAGGUUUGGCGUCGAACAAUAAUUUCGUUGGUUCGCUCAAGUAUGUGUUCUACAACGACGUUUCGGUGCUGUUCGAGCUGAAAAAGGGAAAUCCGAAAGUGCACUACAUUGGCGUCCUACAGGAAGAGUUCCACGAGACGGAGGUGGACGUCAUCCCCAUCACCUUCUCGUACGCCAAAUCCCACAUCUGGUGGCCAAUGAGCAACGAGGACACACUCAAUCUGAAGUUUGACUUCAAGAGCAGCAAGGCAACGGCUGUGCUCGCCUACAGUGAAGUGAAAACGAGCGAAGGUCACGGCUUCUGGGAGAUCCGCCUAGCGACCGACCGGCUGAGCUUCGACCUGUGCCCGGAUGUGACCAGCAACAUCACCCACACCACCUACAUCCGGAUCGAUAACCCCACGUCGUGGCACGCAAUCCACCUGACCUACGAGCGGAGCGAAAUUAAAUUCGUGGUCGACUUCCGGCAUGCCGUGACACAAAUGUACGGCCUUUCGUUCAACGUCGGCGAUAAACUCAUCAUCGGAAGCAGCCUAAAGGCGGCCACCUCCGGGCUGGUGGGGUGCCUGCGGGAUCUGAAGAUUAACAGGGUGGAAAUCGAACCGCGCUUCCUGGUCAAGAGCGAACGGGUGGUGGGCGACGUCUCGCUCGAUAACUGCAAGUACGUUGACCCCUGUAAGAAGCCAAACACUUGCGAGCAUGGGGCCAAGUGCUCGGUCAAGGAUGACGGCAUCACUUGCGACUGCAAGGACACCGGAUACAUCGGGAAGAACUGCCACUUUACCCAGUUCCGGAAGACGUGCGAGGAGCUGGCGCUGUUGGGCUACUCCAAGUCGGACGUCUACUCGAUUGACAUCGACGGAAACGGGGUGUUUCCGCCGGCCCGGGUGAAGUGUGAUUUCCAGAGUUUGGCCAAUGCCACCAAAACGAUUGUGGAACAUAAUCUUCCCUCGCAAGUGGAUGUGCGGUCGUUUAACGAUGAAGAUUUUAGCUUUAACAUUCAGUACAGGGAAUUUAGUGCAGCGAUGCUACAGGAGCUCAUUUCGCACUCGCUCUACUGCACGCAGUAUAUAAAGUAUGAUUGUAUUAAAGCUCCGCUGGAGCUACAUUCGGCAACGUGGUUCAAGUCUUCGAACAACAAUAACACCGUAGAUUCGCUGGGUGAGGUGAAAAGAGGCUCCUGUCCUUGUGCAUUGGGGAAAACCUGCGAAGAUCCAAAUCUUAACUGUAACUGUGAUGCCAACUUAAACCGUUGGCUGUCGGAUGAAGGUUACUUCAAGGAAGCACCGAACCUAGGAAUAACUCAAAUGUACUUCCUGCAACAGCGAGGUCUUUUGGACGAUGAAUCGCAAGGACGAAUAACCCUCGGUCCGCUGGAAUGCGUCGAAACCAACACUCAAAAAUACGUCGUCACGUUCACAACGUCCCAGUCGUACAUAGAGGUUCCCGGCUGGCGGAAGGGUGACAUUGCAUUCUCGUUCCGCACAACGGGUGAAAAGGCAAUUCUCCUAUUUCAGCCUCCAAUCAGAUCGAAUUAUCCGUCCUUUAUGGUCGCCCUGACGGGAGACUACCAGCUAACGUUCAAUUUCACUUUGAACACGGGCACACCGAAAACACUGGUAAUCAACACCAAUCGAAAGCUGAACGGAGGCGAGUGGCACAAGAUUUGGAUCGAUUACAACGAGCACCAUGUGCGAUUCAUGAUUAACACCGACACCCGGAUGGUCGACUUGCAGCCGGAAGAGGAAUUUGGCCCGUUCGAGGGAAGCAUGUUUAUCGGAGGAGCACCCACAGAGAUUUCGAAAAAGUACACCGUUAAGCAGGGACUUAUCGGAUGCUUCCGAGGGUUGGUCGUCAACGGGGAGAUUUUAGACAUCUACAGUUUCAUGUCGGUGCAUUUGUCGGAAAUUAUUAAAGACUGCAAGCCAUCGUGUGUGCCGAAUCCAUGCAAAAAUGGUGCCUACUGUAGGGAGCUGUGGAGCACCUUCGAGUGCGUGUGCAAAAAUCGAUGGGCUCAUCUCGGACAGCAUUGCGGAACAAACAUCAACGAGGAUGCACUGACGUUCAUCAGCCGCGAGUCGUAUCUGAAGCGGAACUACAUCAGCGACGGUGAGGAAGAGCGGCUGGAGCGGGAGAAACUUCGCAGCAUAUUAAAUUCCUCACUGCUAAUAAAUCUCCGCACCUACGACAAGCAUUCCUUCGUGCUGUACGCGAACGAUCACUUCAAUAACUUCAUCCAUCUGUAUCUGACGAACUCGAACCAGGUGGUGUACCUGUACAACUACGGGAACGACAUCGUGAAUCUGACGCUGGAGCAUGCGGCCCUAAACAACGGCAAAAGCAUCCAGGUGGCGGUCAUACGGACCGAAACCAACACGACGCUGUUCGUCAACGAGAAGAAUGUCACCGUCGAGCGGGGUUUCCUGCUGCUGGAGGAGUUCUCCAACAAGCCCUGGACCAAUCCGGAACUGGAGGUACUGUCGCCGCACCGCCCGCCAGCCCCUCCCACGGAGUACUUCCAGUUCAACAUCGGUGGCUACGAUCCGGCGAAUCUGCUCAAACCCAACCUGGACACGGAAGAGCUGCAGGGAUACAUCGGCUGCAUCCGGGGGCUGAAAAUUGGCGAUAAUUUGAUUUCGCUGAAGGAGAUGGCUCUGCAGAACAAUGCACACGUUACGGAAGGCGUCUUGAAUGACUGCCAGAUGAAGUGCGACGCGGAGCCAUGCAAAAACGGUGGCAUUUGCACGGAAAACUUUGUCAAGCAGGAAAGUACCUGCAAUUGUGAGCACACCAGCUUUCUGGGGGAGUUUUGCUCCGAGGAAAAGGGGGCCAGCUUCAGCGGGGAGGCGACGCUUCAGCGAAAAUUUGUGCUUGCCGAAAGGAUAGACAAGGUACGCCUGCAGUUGGCAUUUUCUAGCAAUGACAUGCGAAGAGCGAAUCGGGUUAUGCUGCUGCUCCAGUCCAAGAACGACCGAAGCUACUAUCUGAUGGUGGCCAUUACUCAGGACAACCAUCUGCACAUCGAGGAGGAUCGCGAUGGAUCGACGCACGAGGCUAGGAUUGAGGGUAAUUUUAUGGACGACGCACGGCAUUCGAUUUAUUACACGCGGAAUGGAAACGAAAGCUCUCUGCUGGUGGAUCGGCUGGAAAUUCCAAUAAAGCAGACCCAGAGCAAGCCCUUGGUUCAGGUUCAGGAUCCGGGAGCAAAUCACGUUCAGGUGGGUGGGGUUAACACCACCGAUCCGCGCUUCGCAGUGUACAAAAGCUACGAUGGAUGCUUGUCAAAUAUUUUCAUUCAGGUCAACAACGACACAAUGAAACCACUGGAAGAGUACAUGUUGUUUACAAAGAGCGAGGCAGAAAUGAUCAAUGUCAUCAAUUCCCAGGGCGUCCGGUCGGCCCAAUGCAAGCAGUUUGACGUCAUUCCCAAGCUGACACCAUUCAACGAGCCAACGCUCAAUAUGACCUCGAGUAUAGACAAAAAUUGGGUGGUCGAUGCACCGGCCCGGGUGGCCUACGAGGCGAUUAACGUGGACCCAUCGAAAGAGGAGGACAAAACACAGGUGGUAUUUAUCACCCUAACUACGGUUUUCGUGGUGAUUGUGGUGUGCUGCCUGAUUGAGGUGUAUCGAUCCGACCGAGAGUACAAAAAACGUCUCGAGCGGGAAACCGACGAGGACAUCAUCCUGUCGAAGGAGCAGGCGGCCAAAAUGCAGUACGAAUCGUCUACGACCAACGUGAAAGGCUUCAACUACAAGGCGGUCCCACUCGACGAAAAGAAAGAAAAUGGAGCCGCAAAACCACUGGUAGGUAUAUUGAAGAACGGAAGUAUAACGCCCCCUAUAAAUGGCGAUACCGUACAAAGAAAUCCCGAUGCAACCCUUAACGAUACGAAUAUCCAGCUGCAAGCUGGAAUAAGAGAUAGCCAACUGAUGGAUCACGAGCCGCAGUGGGAGUCUUUGGUCACCGAAGAGGCCGAAUCACUCGUCCAGAAAAGCGAUUCCGAGGAGCGAGAAUCGCAGUCCGGUGAAUCGGUGAUCAAACGUGCACCUUCCCCCCUGGCCAACGGCAAUGGUAGUAGUCAUAGCUCCCACUCAGAUCGAGAAGACAGCGAUACCGAGCUGCUUGAUCCGCCGGUGAAGGGAUCUACAGCUAAACCAGGUCAGCGCAAACCUCCCAAGCUGGUGCUGUUUGCCGACUCAUCACCAUCGCCUUCGUCGCCUAUUGUUCCCUCUACUCCCCUGCCAACGGCCACCUCUACACCAUUGUUGACCAACGGUCUACGCCCUCGGGUCCCACGGCAAGUUUCCUGGGGUCCACCACCAGCAGCGUUGGCCAGUGUCAACCAGCUGCCGUACAAAAUCGAUGAAACGCCGGAGUCUCCGGCGUAGGCUUAGGGAUCAUUUGGCCCAUUCAAUGUGGCUUGUUGUGUGUUUUUGUGUGCGUGGAAUGGUGUGUCACGAGAUCAUUCAAUCAAAAGAGGAUCGUCGGUAGUGCAUAGGGGUGUAUCCGUUCAUUCGUGUUUGUGCUUUAGUUCUAGAUUGUAGUCCAGAUUACAAAGUGAGAAAUAAUAAAAGAUAUUUAUAGAAAAACCAACCAAACAUAUA